AUGAACGAACCGACUGAGCCACCGUCAACAUCAUCAAUUUGAGCACGGGACGGAGUGGAAGUGGAGUGUGGCUGGGCUACUUUAAAUUUCCUGAAAAGUCGGUUUAAAUUAUCGGUAUUGUUCAAAUUUCAGUUAUGCAUAAACAUGUCUAUAUUCUAUCUGAAGAAAUUUGAUAAUUGUUUGCUAUGGAUAAUAUUUGAUGGUGAAAUAACGCGACGGGUUGAAAAGGAGUCAGCAGGUGUAUUGGUUUGAAAUAAUCGGAUCCAACAAGAAUUUUAGAAACAUGAUGUUGUGUGACGAAAGGGGCACAAAUAGUGGAAAUAAGUUAUGAAAUGCAUAUUUCAGAAUUUCAGCCUUCCUCAAACACCAUCUUGACAAAAUGUUCCAAAAUGACAGAAGAAGGGCACAGGUUACAUGGUAUGAAUGGGAAUGCUGACAGAAAUAUUAAGGAGGAGUGCCACAAAACUAAUUAUGGGCAAGGAGGACGACUCAAAUUUUUCAAAGAUGGAAAAUUCAUUCUUGAAUUGGAAAGGUCUAGGGAAGGGGAGAGAAUGUCAUGGGUAUCUGUUCCUAGAAAGACUUAUUGGCCCCCACAGGGUACAGCAUCUUCUACUCCAGCAUAUCGACAAGAAAGUAGCACUUCUCUUAGUGUUUCAGAUGAUAACAGUUCCAUUCAAUCAUCUCCCUGGCAGAGAGACCAUUCCUGGAAACAGACAAACCCGACUCCUAACAUAUCAAAAGAACUGAUGUUUUACUUUUGGCAACCAAAGGGUAAGAGACCGAAGAAACAAAGCCGGAAAAGAAGGGCACCUCAAUCGACCUCUCCCGAACCCCAAUAUAAUAAUUCAGUGUGUAGUGAAAGGACUUCCAUAAGAGUUAAGAAAGAAUAUGGCAGAAGGUCCCUUCUCUCUAUUGUGCAACAAUUAAUUGACAAAGGUUUCAGAAUAAGCACCCCACCGAGAGCCGAAAUGGUCGUAUCUCCCAGGAAACGCUUCCUCCGCGAAAUGGAGAAGGACAAAACGCCGGGCGAGGACAACUCGCAGAAGAGGAGCCGCAGCAAGCCGCAAGUCGUAGCCAACUCGACCCCGUCAACUUCGACCGGCAACUGUCAUCCGGCUGGGGCGGUUUCGGCGAAUCGCGUCGAAGAUGCGAAACCGCCGCGCCAAUCGAACUACAGCAUUACGUCGCUGCUGGCGGAGGACCGCAACGUGAAACGGUCGCCCAGCAAUUCGCCUAGUCAUUUCUCGCCGGUGGCGCACGCGCAGUACUGUUCGCCGGCGGAGGAGCGGUGGUAUUCGGAGAGCGUCGAUCGACUGAGGUCCAUCGAGCUUUCGCAAGUGGAAAAGUGCGCAGCCUACCCCCCCUACCCGCCGCAAUCCUACCUGGGUCCGUACGCGUACCCGUUCCCGCCGUACUACGGCGCCGGCGUCUACGGCAGGGGGUACGUCGUACCCGCCGCAGCCUACCACCCCCACCACCACCCCCACGCGGCGGCGGCGGCUCUUCAUCUGCCCGGUCGGCACGAGGCGGCAGGGGCGACCUGCUCGUGGUCGGGGGAUGCCAGCGGGGGCGGCGAUCGUCGCGAGGAGGCUGUCACAGAUAUGCCACUCAACUUGUCCAAACAUGCUGGUUGAUCCACUGUGUGCCUUUUGACAAAAAAUGUACAUUUCCACAAGUUUACAUCAAUUAUUCACUCAAAUCGAUGAUUAGUCCAACGGUACACUUCUUCAAGUUAUAGAUCAAAAGAAUUGACUUGCUGUAAAUUCAGGAGUCUGGUCAAUGAUAGUGCUUUCAAAGCCCAAAGUGGAAGAUUCUAGCUUUAAAGCAUUGGUAACGUGCAAUUGACAGCUCUACAAGCGAACAACUGUAGAUAAAUAGGUGUAUAUACAAUAUAAGAUAUUUUGUAUAGAUCACUUUUGUAUUAUUUUUAUAUUUUGAAAAAAUACUUGAUAUG